GUGAAUCCGUGGUGUCCAACUCCCAAGCCCCUACCGGCAACCCUAGCGAGGCGAUGGGGAAGGCGGAGGCGAGGUCAAGGGGGCGCGGCGGCGGCGGCGGCGGCGGAGGCGCCAGCGGCAAUCCGGGGAAGAUCUUCGUCGGAGGGCUCCCGCGGGACACCACGGAUGCUACAUUUGUGAGGCAUUUUGGACAGUAUGGAGAAAUAGUUGAUUCGGUGAUAAUGAAGGAUAGGCACACAUCUCAGCCACGGGGUUUUGGCUUCAUUACAUACUCUGACCCUGCUGUUGUUGAUAAAGUGAUAGAGGACAAUCAUGUUAUCAAUGGAAAGCAAGUUGAAAUUAAGAGAACCAUACCAAAAGGUUCGGUGCAAUCUAGCUCUAAGGAUUUCAAGACUAAAAAGAUAUUUGUUGGUGGGCUUCCGUCAACACUAACAGAAGACGAAUUCAAGAGUUUCUUUGCAAGAUAUGGGACUGUGGUGGACCACCAGAUUAUGUUUGAUCAUGAAACCAAACGUUCCCGAGGCUUUGGAUUUAUAGUUUUUGCUUCUGAGCAAGUUGUAGAUGAUUUGUUAGCAAAUGGAAAUAUGGUUGACCUUGCUGGUUCAAAGGUGGAGAUCAAGAAAGCAGAACCAAAGAAAUCCUCCAAUGCACCGCCACCACCAGUGCAUGUUAGAAAUGCUAGGUCAGCAUAUGAUAGCGGCUCUAGAGACCACCCUUCAGCUGACAACUAUGGUGGAAUGGCCAGUGCUUAUGGAAACUACAGGGGUGGUGGAUUUGGUCCUUAUAGGAGCGAUACAGGAUUUGGUGCUAGGCUCAGCAGCUAUGGUGGGGUAGGUGAUUUUGGUGGUGCAUAUGGUCGUUACUAUGCAGGAUUAGGAGGGGGAUAUGGAGCCGCGUCUUCGUUUGGUUAUCCUGGUCGCUUUGGGUUAUAUGGAGGAGGUUUUGGUGGAUCUUAUGCUGGUGCUGACUUAAGUGGCUAUAGACGCGGUGGAGGUGAUGAGAGCUUCGGUGCCCCUGGUGGUAAUCCUGGGUUUGGUGGUGAUGCUGAAGAGAGCUUUGGUGGCCCUAGUAGUUCUGGCUUUAGUGGCACCGCCUAUGGUGGGGCAUAUGAUCCUACGCUAGGUGGUUAUGGAUCUGCUAGCACACCUGACAUGAAUAGGGGAAGCUUCACUGGAGGAUAUGGACGAUAUCACCCAUAUGGAUAACAAGAAGAGCCCUUGAAGGCUUAACACUUGCAUGCACGUUUGCUGCCCGUCAUUGGAGAACACCCACCAUUUCUGGACAAUAUCCAGCUGCCUGAAGCUUCAAGAACAACUUAAUGUCAUGUGUACAUGUUUUCUCGUUCCCGUGAGCUUUAACUUAUAUAUCCUAUAGCAUGUAGUGUGAUCCAGAGUAGACGUUGUAUCGAAGGUUAUUGUGUUUGGCAUAAUAUAGAAUUCUGGUAUACUUUGUAGUAGUUUUUAAGCUUCUAUGUAAGCAUACUCCAUCUGGGAGCAGAUUAGCUGUGUGAACGCUAGGAGGGCCGGUCUCUACCACUUAGCAUUGUACCUGAUCAAGUUAUUCACUCUUUUGGUUUACCCAUUGAGAGCAUUGUCCGUG